AUGAGUAACACAGACUCACUUAGAUUCUCACAAUCAAGUAAAAAAAUAAAAAUGGGACCAGAGACACCUUGGAUUUUUGGAAUCGUUAUAUUCGCGUAUGUGAUUUGUACAGUUUGUAAGAAAAAAUGCUGCAAAAAGAAGCAAAAUGUUCCAGCACCUGACCCAGAAGCUAUUAAUUUACAUUAUUACAAUCAACAUGAAGCCAGACAUUUGCCUGAGGCAGCCAUGGCAUCAGAAACUUCAUCAAAUUUAUUGCCAUCCACAAGUUUCAUUCCAACUGCUCAACCUGUUGAAUACAUUCAAUUGCAAGCUUUUCAACCGACUGCACCUGGAAUUAUGGAAGAUGACACACCAAAGUAUGACAGUCCGCCAAGUUAUCAUGAAGCUAUGGAACAAGUUAAUAAUAAUCAAAAGGAUCACAACUCGCCCAUCACUUAAAGCAACAUUAAUCAAAGGUUUAAGACCGGUUUAUAGAAUUAAGGAACGCCAA